UAACUACAAGAAUAUCUCUUUGUUGAACACGUUUUUAUUUUUAAACGUCCAUACUAGUAAUAAUAUUAAAAAGAUGGAUGUGGAAGACAAGCAGACUUCUAUACAAUCUUCAGAAAUGUCUAAUAGUGAUCAGGAACCACCAAGUAAAAAAAUGAAGAUAGAUACUAAUGAUAUUAAAGGUGCACAAAUUGAAACUAAUACAAUUAGAGAUGAGAAGAACUGUAUGUGUGAAAAGGAUGUAGGUAUAAUCGAAUAUAUCAGUAAACAUAAUGGUUUUAAUGCCAUUAUCAAACAAAGAUAUUCUGAUUUUAUAGUUAAUGAGAUAAAUAUGGAAGGUGAUAUUGUAAGACUAACCUCAUUUGAUAUACCUUUAAUUGAAAAGACAAAUACUAACUGUGAAGUAAUAAAUAAAAUUGAUAGGGAGAAAUUAAAAGAAAUGGUAGAAAAUAAAGAUCAUGAUACACAAGUUAUAAUAGAGGUUGAAGAUAGUAAGGAAGAAAGAACACGGAUUCAUCUUGCAAUAAGAGAUCAUUUUCCUGCUCUAGAAAGUUCAACAAUAGAUGUGGACAAUGGUCAACAGAAACACAUUAAAGUUGUUUAUCCAAAGUCCAAAGUAUUUUCAGCAAAUCGUGAUUCAAGGUGGGCAGCCAAUAGACCUAAAUAUUGUAAAUUUGUAUUAUAUAAGGAAAAUAAAGACACUAUGGAUACAAUAAGUCUUAUUUCUAAAAAUAUGAGGGUAAAUACUAACUUAUUUCAGUAUGCAGGUACUAAAGAUAAAAGAGCUAAAACAACACAAGAAGUUACAGCAUUUAAAGUUGAUGCUGAAAGAUUAAAGAACCUAAAUGAUAUUAUGAGAAAUAUGGGUUUUGGUAAUUUCAGAUAUGUGAGUUCACCAUUAAAAUUAGGUCAGUCAUCUGGUAAUCAUUUUACCUUAGUUUUAAGAAAUGUGGAGGGUUCUGAUGACCAGAUAGAAUUAGCUGUAUCAUCAUUACAAUCACAUGGUUUUAUCAAUUAUUUUGGUAUGCAGAGGUUUGGAACAACAACAGUAUCAACACAUUCUGUAGGAAAAGCCAUUCUACGGGAAAACUAUAAACUAGCAGUAGAUUUAAUACUCAGGCCUAGAGAUGGGGAUGAUAAGAGUAUGAUUGGAUGUCGUAAAAUUUGGAGUGAAACAAAAGAUGCUAAGAAAAUGUUAGAUAAAUUGCCAGCUUAUCAUAAUAUAGAGAAAUCAGUGUUAUAUGUAUUAUCUAAACAAGGCAGUAAUAUGUACUAUAAUGCUUUACAAGCAAUACCAAGAAAUUUACGUUUAUUAUAUGUACAUAGUUAUCAGAGUUAUAUAUGGAAUAGUAUGGUAUCUAGAAGAAUACAGUUAUAUGGUUUCAAGUUAGUAGAAGGAGAUCUUGUUUUAAAUACAGAUGAUAAUUCUAAAGGUGAAAGUAAAAUGGAUAUAAAACCUGUUGUCAUAGAUGAAGAUAAUAUGAAAGAUUAUAGCAUAUUAGAUGUUGUAUUACCUUUACCUGGUUAUGAGAUGAUAUAUCCUACCAAUAAUGUUGGUGAAUUAUAUAAAGAACUAUUAGCUGAAGACGGUAUUGAUAUCACAAACAUGAAGACUAAACACAAAGAUUUUUCUGUACCUGGUACAUAUAGAAAGAUGGUGGUUAAACCAACACAUGUAAAUAAAAGAAUUAUAUAUUAUAAUGAUCAUACUAUGUCUUUAGCACUGAGUGAUUUAGAUAUUUUAAAUGGUGUGGAGGAACCAAAGUCUAUAGAAGGUGGUAAAUGGAAGGCGUUGAAAUUAGAAUUUUCACUACCAACAUCAGCUUAUGCCACAAUGGCAUUACGAGAGAUCUUAAAAAUAGAUACAUCAUGGGCUCAUCAGUCCACAUUAAAUGUUACCUAGUACUGUUUUCAUCCAAAUGUCUAGCAUACCAUGAAAUAAACAUUGUAUAUAUUGUUAUUCUAUUGAUAUUUGAUAUUCUACUAAAACUAGACAGUUAGACAGGGUCAUUUUCUACCAGGGAUGGGUAAAUAUCUCAGUCAAAAACCUUUGUAGUUCAACCUUUAGGUGAAUUAAAGAUGCAUUCCCACAAAUGAAUUUAUAAACUAAUUAUUUUCAAUACUGGAUUCCCUGAAAAACUCCCGUGGGGUGCACACGUGACAAAACUGUAAGAGUGUCGGCUUGUAGUCUGCUUGAGUGACAUAGGGAGCAUUGGUAUGUGUUGAUCGAAUGGCUAGUGGUGAGAGACUUAUCUAUACAACAGACUCAGCCAGUAAGUAGUAGUUAUUAGCACACUUUCCGAGGUGUAUCGGUGAAUAUCAGGACAGUUUUGGUCGAGGGGCCCAGCCGAGGCGGAGCUGGGGCGGCUUCAGACCAAAACUGUUCUGAUAUUCACCGAUACACCGAGGAAAGGUGCUAAUAAGUUACUUACAUCACAUUUCUAUCGAGUAUUGUGAAGCAAAAUGUGAAAAAUAGUAUUUAUUAUCGAGUCGUUUCAACCGAAAAGUGACAAAUACUUUCUGUUCUUUCAUUAUUUAUCCCUUUCUGAGCCUCACGUUACAUUUCAUGGUAGAAUGAUUUCGCAGUGGAGAGACGACCUGAGUAGUAUUCACACGUGCGUCUUGCUAUGAUACUUUGAGCGUAAAACAAUCACGUGUUUGUUUAGACCACAUCGUCAACACAAUGUCUAUGGCGUAGAGGACUGCGAUAUUAUUAAAUGUAGUGUAAAGGAAAUGCGAAACGUGGGUCAUUCCUGGUGAAAGUAUGCAUCGGCGGAUGGUUCUUCCGUUGAAAUUUAUUUGUUAUAAAGUUUAUGACUUUCUAGGCGAUUUUUUCAUCCUGCUUAUUUUCAAUGCCUGUGAAGUGUCCAGCAAGAGAACUGCGCCUUCUAUCAUCACAAUUAAUUAAAAUAAUUAUUCAAUAUUCUAAUUUAUAUAUUUUGCAUAUUAAUAUAAAUCAAACCAAAUUAUGAAAUAGAUGCCAAUUGGUAUGUAUAAUAAUUGAUUUUUGUAAUAUGUUGUUAUGUUAAUUUAAUGUCAUUGUAUAUGUUUUUGAACUGCCAUGUAGUUCCCCCCAUUUUGUUUUGUUACUAUGAUUUUGACUAGUUGUUUCAUGUACAUUGGUUAGAGCCUUGUUAUCAAUUGCGAUCUGGGUCGGGCUAAACGUCCGCUACUUAUUGCUUGAUAGAUAUCUAAAACGGUAUAAAAGUAUCCCUGUAUCAGAAAUGAUCAGUACUCUUUCUGUACAUUUCUGAUACAUGAUACUUUUAAGCAUGUAUUGCAAUUAAACAGGACAGUUUUAUCAAAGGUUGCCAGUGGCAAUGAGUAGAAGUGGGAUGUAACAUUAAAUACAAGCUGGAAAUGAAUCCUCCCUUAAUCAAGUCACAUGAUAAACAAGACUGCAUAAAAUAGAUUUUUAUGAUUUGGGAUAGCUCCUUGAAAUUCAGAUGAUUUGAUAGUGAAUUGAAGCAAACUUUUGAUAAACUUUUGAAUUUGGUUUUAAGUUUAAAUAUAUCUUUAAAUCACAUAGUUGAUACAUGGGAAAUUGGAAAGGCCUAUUUAAUUAAAUAAGGAUAUAAAAAUAAUUAUCUAGAUUAAUUAUGGAUUGUUGUGACAAUCUCCAGAUAUGUGCUACCUUUGGUUAAAAUUAUUACCAUCUCCAUAUAGAAAAUAAUCUCAACUCCCUAUCCAUAAGCAUAUUCCAGUCAAAAUAUCUUGUCAAUAAUCAGCUUUUGAUAGGAUGCCCUGUGCAGCGAAAAUUUUCCCUACAGAAAGUUGAACUCGACACUACGAAUGUGCACGCUUCAGUGGCUUAAUUGUCUCGAAGUAAUUUCUGGCUAAUCACGCAGUGCAAUAACAGAGUCUACGAGUCUUAAGUCUAUAAAUAGCCAUCGCACGUGAAAUUCUCUACACAUCUAUCAACUAUUACAGCCGUAAAAAAAUCUAUUGUUGACGAUUCUGAAUAGUAGUAAAUUUAGCAUAUUGGUUAUUACAGCAGCUUUAGAAAUUA